CCAAGAUGGCGCAGCAGGACGAGUCGGACGUGGCGUUCAUGCGCCUGGCGAUCGCAGAGGCACAUCGUUCGCAGCCGUCGGAGAACGCCUACUGCGUGGGCUGCGUCGUGGCGCGCGAUGGCAAGGUGCUGAGCGCCGGGUUCUCGCGCGAGCUGCCGGGCAACACGCACGCGGAGCAGGUGGCGCUGCACAAGCUCAACUUCGAGGCGCAGGGAGCCACCGUCUACACGACCAUGGAGCCCUGCAGCAAGCGCGUGUCUGGCAACGUCCCGUGUGUACAGAGCUGCCUUCGCGCGGGCGUCGCGCGCGUGGUCAUCGGUGUCAUGGAGCCCAAGACUUUCGUCAUCUGCGAGGGGGUAAAACUACUUCAGGACGCGGGCGUGGACGUGAAGCUACUCAAGGGGCUCGAGGCAGACUGCCUAGUACCAAACGCGCAUCUUAACCUCGUCUUUUAGUUGAAAGGUGUAGCCCUGAAGGACUGACGAGAUAGAUGGUUAGAAUGAAAUUCUCUCAAGUCACAUGGGCUAAUUUCUCCAUCAACGACGGGAUGUGA